AUGGAAAAGCAAGAAGAUAAAAUGUUCCAUAAAGACAGGAAAAAACCGAAUAUACUAUCACGGAUAUUUUUUUGUUGGAUUUGUCCAGUUUUAGUAACAGGAAACCGAAGGGAUGUCAUUGAGGAUGAUCUUAUUGUGCCAAGCAACAUCUACAAUUCAAAACAGCAGGGUGAUAAAUUAGAAAAAUCUUGGUUGGCAGAAGUCGAAUUAGCUCAAAGAGAAAGCAGAAAUCCGUCGCUUUGGACAGCGUUGCGGAAGGCUUAUUGGCUAGAGUACAUGACUGGUGCAAUAUAUAUCUUAACUAUAACCGCUGUUAGGAUCGGACAACCAAUGCUAUUUGCGCAGCUCUUGUCCUACUGGACGGUGGACUCGGAAAUGACGUCUUUCGAUGCGGGGAUGUACGCUCUGGCCAUGUUGGGCUUAAACUUCGUCACCAUGAUGUGUCAGCACCAUAACAGCCUUUUUGUUAUGAGUUUCAGUUUAAAAAUCAAAGUUGCCUGCUCUGCUUUGCUUUAUAGGAAGCUUUUACGGCUCAACCAAGUAUCCGUGGGUGAAGUAGCAGGAGGGAAGCUAGUGAAUUUGCUGUCUAAUGAUGUAGCGAGAUUCGAUUUCGCGUUUAUGUUCAUGCAUUACAUCUGGAUAAUCCCUAUUCAAGUGGCCAUUGUACUGUAUUUUUUGUACGGCGUGGGUGGUUACGCUCCAUUCGUAGGCCUGUUCGGAGUCAUGAUCAUGAUUUUGCCAAUUCAAGCUGGCCUUACUAAAUUAACUGCUUCGGUAAGGCGUAAAGUAGCGAUAAGGACAGAUAAACGUAUCAAGUUAAUGAAUGAAAUCAUUAAUGGAAUACAGGUCAUUAAAAUGUACGCCUGGGAGAAACCGUUUCAAUUAGUAGUAAAAGCUGUGCGGGCACAUGAAAUGAGUGCUUUAAAGAAGGCUAUCUUUAUACGGAGCGUUUUUCUUGGCUUCAUGUUGUUUACGGAACGAUCAAUUAUGUUUUUUACGGUGUUGACUCUUGCACUAUCCGGGAACAUGAUUUCUGCAACUACGGUUUACCCAAUCCAGCAAUUCCUAAGCACCAUUCUGAUAAAUUUAACGAUGAUAUUACCGCUUGCUAUUGCGACAUUAUCAGAGAUGAAAGUAUCCCUGGAAAGAAUACAAGGUUUCCUCGAGUUAGAUGAAAGAGAAGCACUUUCACAUAAAAAUGGUGUAAGCAAUGGAGCUCUAAACAAAACCCUGUUUAGUUCCAAACAAGCGACCUUAGAGCCCGAGAUCACUGUGAAAAAAUAUAUUUCGACCGAUGUGAAAGAGCCACUACAAAACGAAAUCAACAAGUCUGCGAAUCCUAGUGAAUAUGCUGUGGAUGUGUGCGGUGUAACAGCCUCUUGGAAUAAUGUAGCCUCCGAAGAAGCCACUCUUAAAAACAUUUCGAUGCGUGUACGCCACGGCAAAUUAUGUGCCAUCAUUGGACCCGUAGGCUCCGGAAAGACGUCAUUGUUGCAAUUAUUGCUGAAAGAGUUGCUGCCUCACUCAGGGUCGCUGUCCGUCAAUGGAAAAGUGUCCUUCUCCUGUCAGGAAUCAUGGUUGUUUUCGGGAACAGUACGGGAAAAUAUCCUAUUCGGAUCAACUUAUGAUUCUCAAAAAUACAAAGAGGUCACCCGCGUAUGUUGCCUUGUGUCCGAUUUCAAUCAAUUUCCUUAUGGCGAUCAAUCCUUCGUGGGUGAAAGGGGUGUCACUCUAUCCGGUGGACAGCGGGCGCGCAUCAACCUGGCCAGAGCUGUCUACAGAAAUGCUGAUAUCUACUUGCUGGAUGAUCCGCUAUCUGCUGUUGAUGCCAACGUAGGUCGGCUACUGUUCGAAGGUUGCAUCCGAGGCUACCUUCGCCAGAAGACAUGCCUAUUGGUCACACAUCAAAUACAUUAUCUCACUGAUUCCGACUGGAUUGUAAUUUUGAAAGAUGGUGCUAUAGAGAAUAUGGGAACUUAUGAUGAUUUAGUGAAAUCUGGAAAAGAUUUUUCACUGCUAUUAAAGGAACUCCAAGAUGGUGAUGAUACCGGAAAAGGAGAAAAUCCAGAAAAACGGCCGUCAAUGAAACGUGGUAUGUCUGUCAAAAGUGAAGAGAAUCCAGAAGAUCAAAAGGAACAGGUAUUAGAAGCCGAAGAGAGAGCAAAGGGUAACCUUAAGUGGACGGUGGUGGCGCAGUAUCUGAAGUUGGUUAAAUCGUACCCUUUACUGUUCCUGGCAGUACUUACACUUCUUAUGACACAAGCAGCGGCCACCUUCGUCGACUACUGGCUCAGUGCUUUGACUAACGCUGUAGAUGCUUAUGUUCAAACGCUGCCCGAAAAUCAAACUCCUGGUAAUUUGGGCUCAUUGACAACAGGGCAAUAUCUAUGGAUCCAUGGUGGUGUGAUCCUGGGCAUCAUUGUAUUUUCACAACUGCGAAUUCUUACUUUUGUGUUUACGACAAUGCGUGCCUCGCAAAAUAUCCACGAUAAGAUAUUUAAUAAUCUCAUCCAGGCUGUUAAAAGAUUCUUCGAUACCAGUCCUUCAGGUCGGGCUUUGAAUAGGUUUUCAAAAGAUCUCGGUGCAGUUGAUGAGCUUCUUCCAAGGAGUUUGCUGGAGACUUUACAAAUGUACCUUGCUAUGACUAGCGUGUUGGUGCUAAACGCCAUUUCUUUACCCUGGACUCUAAUACCAACGACUUUUUUGGUCGUGUUAUUUGUUUUUCUACUCAGAUGGUAUCUACAAGCUGCACAGGCAGUUAAGCGUUUGGAGGGCACCACUAAGAGUCCUGUGUUUGGCAUGAUCAACUCAACAAUAUCAGGGUUGUCAACAAUAAGGAGUUCGAAUUCAGAACAUAGACUACAAAAACAAUUUGAUCAAGCCCAGAAUUUACAUUCGAGCGCUUUUUACACAUUUCUCGGUGGAUCUUCAGCAUUCGGAUUAUAUUUAGAUGUGCUCUGUUUAGUGUAUCUCGGUUUAAUUAUGGCUACGUUCAUAUUACUCGAUUUUGGUGGCACGAUUGCAGUGGGCAGCGCUGGGUUGGCGGUCAGUCAGUCGAUGGUCCUCACAAUGUUACUGCAGAUGGCAGCACGAUUCACAGCUGAUUUUCUCGCGCAAAUGACCUCCGUUGAGAGGACACUCGAGUAUGCCAAGCUACCGAAGGAACAAUACAUAGAUGAAGGGCCUACAAAGCCACCGCCCACUUGGCCAGCUACUGGACAUAUCACUUUUGAAAAGGUCUAUAUGAAGUAUGGGCCAGAGGAUCCUUAUGUAUUAAAAAAUUUGAAUAUCGAAAUUCGCAGCGGAUGGAAGGUCGGUGUGGUAGGAAGAACAGGAGCUGGAAAAUCAUCAUUAAUAUCUGCUCUAUUUAGAUUAACGAAUAUCGAGGGCGCUAUCAAAAUAGAUGGAAUCGAUACAUAUGGCAUCGCUAAAUCGGUAUUGCGGUCCAAAAUAUCUAUAAUACCGCAGGAGCCUGUAUUGUUCUCGGCGACAGUUCGAUACAAUCUGGAUCCUUUUAACAAAUACAGUGACGAUGACCUGUGGCGGGCACUUGAACAGGUCGAACUUAAGGAGGCAAUUCCGGCACUAGACUAUAAGGUUACGGAAGGAGGUAGCAACUUCUCCAUGGGGCAGAGGCAACUGUUAUGUCUAGCCAGGGCUGUUCUACGAUCUAAUAAAAUUUUAAUUAUGGACGAAGCUACUGCAAAUGUGGACCCACAAACUGAUGCCCUCAUACAAAAAACCAUCCGCCGAGAGUUUGCUACAUGCACGGUGAUCACCAUUGCUCACCGUCUCAUCACCAUCAUGGACUCUGAUCGUGUACUGGUGAUGAACAAGGGAGAGGCUGUGGAGUUCGAUUGGCCUUAUGUUGUACUUUCUAAACCUGACAGCCACUUUAACUUUUUAGUUAAAGAAACCAGUGAUAGUAUGAGCAAAGUUCUUCAUGAUAUUGCGAAAACUAAGUAUUUCCAACACAAUCCACAAUGA